AUGGCACGUGCUAUGGGUGCUCAGGUAAUUGGUAUGGAUCGUGUUCAAAUACAUCCAACUGCAUUUGUCGACCCGGCUGAUCCUUCAGCUGGUACGAAAUUCCUUGCCGCUGAAGCGCUUCGUGGCAAAGGUGCUAUCCUUAUAAACUCGGAGGGUGUCCGAUUUGCCAAUGAACUUGGUAGACGAGACUAUUUGACCGACAGGAUUCUAAAGGACUGCAAACCUAUUGAAAAGUUCCAGGGAGGGUCAGCUGGUCUGUCAGCAGCAAUUAUGUUGAUGAACGAUGAGGCGGCAGAUUCAUUCGGAAGACCGGCGUUCAAUUUCUAUGCAAGCUUCAAGAAAUUCUUU